AUGUGGUCCCUCGUAUCCUUUCGAGCUUCUCAACGACGGCAGCUCUUUUCAGUUGCCGCCCUCGUAUUCUUCUUUUUCUGCGCCUACACUCUACUACGGAUACCACCGGACCAAUCUGGGGGGUACCAGGUACAGACACAAAGACAAGAACAAGCACCAAUACAACCUCAGUCAACUCCAGGAUCAGAAGGCACAGAAGAUAAGACGUCGACUGAAGGAAGCCCAAACCCCAAGGCAGUCCCCGAAUCAGGGGUGCAUCCCAUCACAUAUCUCGUCAAAAAUGCGCAGCGCGAGUUUGAAGAGGUCAAGGCCCGGCAAUCCAAGUCUCUCCAGGAGGCAGUUGUCGAGUACCGUCGGAGAUAUGGAAUGCCACCUCCGCCUCACUUUGACAAGUGGUAUCAGUUUGCCAAGGACAAUGGGGUCAAGCUAAUUGAUGAGUUUGACAAUAUUUACGACCUUAUCACGCCGUUUUGGGGACUCAGGCCCAAGACUAUUCGAGCUCGAGCCAGAGAGGCAUUGGGAUUCGACAACGGGCUGAUUGGAGUGUCAAUCCGUGAUCACAAGAUCACUUAUAUCCAGAAUGGCGUCGAAUGGCAGCAGAAUGCCACAAAGGGCAUGAUGACAAAGUUUCUCCAGUAUCUCCCAGACAUGGACCUUGCUUUCAACUUCCAUGACGAAUCCCGAGUUAUUCUAUCUCACGAGGAUCUGGCGAGAUUGGUCAAGACGGCACAAGAAAAGUACAUGCCCGCAGCUUUUGCUGUUGAGAAACCCGCCAACGACUUUACCAAGACCAACUCGGAGCUUCAUGAUGGAAAGUCGUUUGAGGAGACGACUCUCUCACGGUUCAACUUCUUUGCACACCAGUCGACUUGGUCCCAUUCCCGCCUGUCAUGCCCGCCAGACACUCCAGCCCGGUCUAUCGAGGAUGAUGAGAGCGUCGAUUAUCGGAGCAGGUACGGUAUGAGCGACCUCGGUUUUGUAUACAACACCACCGCCAUGUCCGAUAUCUGCCUCUCGCCCUCUCUCAGGUCGACGUUUGGCUUCUUUGGUGGUCCCAACGCAUACGGCAUCGUUCAAGACCUCUUCCCAAUCUUUUCUCAGUCCAAGAUCUCGUCCUACAGCGACCUCCUCUACCCUUCCACAUGGGACUGGGCUGGCAAAGUGGAAUACGACGAGGACAUGGACAUGGAAUGGGCCAAGAAGGAGAGCAAGCUGUACUGGCGUGGCUCUACGACAGGAGGAUACAGCCGCGAUGGCCGCUGGCGACGACAGCACCGCCAGCGUCUCGUCCAGAAGCUCAACGCCCGCGAUCAAGCUCACAUCCUCACCAGCCAGAGCACACCUCCCUGGGGUGCCAGCGAGGUGCCCCGCGGCGAAUAUCGCGACCUCGUUGAUGUGCACUUCUCUCACAUCGGGCAGUGCGACCCAGGCGACUGCGAGGCCCAGAGGGCAUUCUUCAACGUGACCGAUGCUGUGGACCAACAGGACGCCUGGCGCAAUAAGUACCUCCUCGACAUGGACGGCAACGCCUUCUCGGGCCGCUUCGGCGCAUUUCUACGUAGCAAGAGCCUCGUCUUCAAGCUCGCCGUCUUUCGCGAGUGGCACGCUGAAUGGCUUAGACCAUGGGCUCACUACAUACCCUUCAGCGUCCAGGGCGACGACUGGCUCGAGGCGGUGCGCUUCUUUGACAGCGAGGAGACUGCCCGCGGGGAAGGCGAGCGAAUCGCCAUGGCGAGUCGGGAGUGGGCGAACCAAGCUUUCCGUCAGGUCGACAUGGAGGCGUGGUUCUUUCGAUUGAUGCUAGAGUACGCUCGGGUGAUAGAUAAUAAGAGAGAAGUGAUUGGCUAUGAUCGCGCCAGCGCCAGCAAGAAGCUUCCUACAACAGAGGGAACUGACUGA